AUGUUUGAGGUGGAAACUCUGCGUGUUGUAUGUAUGACUUUCAUGAAGAGAUCCAGAAAAGUACCUGCAAAUGCAGCAAACUCAGAAAAUACUUCACAGAAGGUUUCAUCUCCACAGAAAUGUACUGUGGAAGUAUUGAAGAAGGCAGGUGGAGUUGAUGCGAUUCAGCCAUUGGCAAUGAAGGAAUUGCUACACUGUCACAGUAAGCAUGGUAAAGCAACCCCUGAAAUGGUUGGUAGAAGUAUGAUAACAUCUGAUGAGAAAGAAAUUGAUAAUGAUUCAAUUAGAAGUUUGUCUGUACAAACUGUUGCAUUGGAGACAAAACAUGGGGAAGUGAAACCUGAAAUGAUCAGCAAACCACCAAGGAAGCCAAAAAAAAUGUGUGAAAGACAAAAAGAAGAUUCAUUGGAAUACAGUAAUGAUGAACUAAUGUCAGAAUCAAGCAAUGAUUGUGAGGAAGAAAGUGAUUCAGAGUUCAGUGAUAUGUUCAGUUGCCCAUUGUGUGAAGAAACUUGUGCUGACCUGAGUAAACUGAAAGAAAACUUGAGAUGUAUACUGGUCAAGUUGAAGUUUAAGGUUCAACUUCACACUGAUUUGAACGCAGAUGCAAUACAUAAAGUAUUACUGGACCUUAGUCAUCAAGAUCAUUCUGAUCACGACAGCAUUAUUGUUUGUGUAUUGUCGCAUUAUGGACCUGGUAAAAUAUAUGGGUGUGAUGGAAAACCUUUGACUGUCGCCGAGUUGGCAGAAUAUUUAAUGACAUCAAAGAGUCCUCAGUUAGAUGGUAAGCCAAAGCUUUUUUUCCUGACAGCAACCCCAGAAUCAUCUCCACCAAUAUUUCCUCCAGAUGUUGAUGUCUGGUCCGAUUUCUUGUUUUCGUAUGCUGCAUCAUGUGGGCAGAUGAUAUGGAGGCACCCAGAGACAAGAGAGAAUAUUUACAUAAAGAAGUUAGUGGAACGUCUUGACAAAAAUCACACACAGCAGACAGUGAUGGAAAUUCUAAAGGACGUUAUCUCUGAGGUUGAUCAGGAAGUCAGAACAUCUAAGUUCGCAAUGAAGCGGCAACAAACCCCAUGCUUUGUGUCUUUACUAAAGAAGAAUAUUCACUUAAAAUAA